AUGGUGACUGAUGAUGAGGUUGAUCAGGAGUUGAUUGAUGAUGAUGUUGAUCAGGCCAUUGAUGAGUCACUGAGUACAUUGAAUUUCAAGCCUGCUAGUAAUUCAUCUAUUCAAGCUUUGAAAAGGUUUAAAUUGGGUGAUGAAGGUCACCUACCCUUCACGAAGAGGAGAUUACUCGAUGGUUUGAGUUCAAAGAAUGAAUGUAUGAUCUGUUUCCAUGAGUUCUCUGAUGAUGACAAGGAGUUCACUGAUGAUGAGGUUUAUCAGGUGGUGACUGAUGAUGAGGUUAAUCUGGUGACUGAUAAUAAGGUUGAUCAGGAGCUGACUGAUACUGAAAUUGAUCAGGCAAUUAAUGAGUCAUUGAGUUCAUUGAAUUUCAAGCCUGCUAAUAGUUCAUCUAUUCAAGCUUUGAAAAGGUUUAAAUUGGGUGAUGAAGGUUGCCUACCCUUCAAAAAGAGGAGAUUACUUGAAGGUUUGAGUUCAAAGAAUGAAUGUACGAUUUGUUUUGAUGAAUUCUUUGAUGGUAACAAGGUUGGCUCGAUGCCUUGUGGACCUGUUUACCAUGAUGAUUGCAUCGUUAAGUGGUCUCACUUGUGUCCACUGUGCCGAUAUCAGACGCCCAGCUGA